AUGUCUACAGUUAUUUCAUACGCACAUGCCGCAGCCACAGGUGCCGAGGGCAAACCUGAGAGUGUGGGCGAUGCUCAUCAAAGCACCGGGGAGAAUAUGAAAACGAAACCCUCCGAAGUUGAAGCAAGUGUCGAAAAAGCAGGAUCUUCAGCCGAUUAUGAGGCUGUGAAGCCAGUUGAUGAAAGUGAGACGGCAGGUUCGGCCACAAAGAAGGAAAAUGAGCGGUCGAAUUCCCAGAAUGGAGAGAAGGCCAGCCAGAAGAAAGUGAAGCUGGCACCGGCACCUGUUCCAUCGACAAAUGCAUGGGGAACAACUCCAAAAGUGAUCCCAGUUGGAAAAGACCCCAUUACAGAGACGAUACUGAAAGAGAGCCACUCGCAGCAGACAAAGCACGGGGACUCGAAUGUGUUGAAGGCACCAUCCGGCAAGGAGAAGUGGCUGCCCUUCAAAGCGUCUGUUGUCAUUGCAAGUGGGAAAAACACGGGUAAUGGAGGAAAAUCCGGCUCUGGCAAGCGGAGAAGCAGAAAAAAGACCCGGAAUGACCAGGAGAGACGCAGUGGCUCGCGUAAGCAGUCCCCCAAGAAGGCCGGCGGCUCUCGGCAGGCCGGAAAUGGCGUUUCGGCGAAGUCCGAGGCCAAAACACUGGCCAAAACUACUGAAUCCGUGCAGAAAAGUACACAGCAUGCCGAGCAGAAGCCGGAUGUUACCGCCCACACCGCCGAGCAGCAGCAGCAGCUACCGCAGGCCCAGCAGCAGCAACGUGUGCAGAAAAAUGGCAAGCAGCAGCAGCAACCACAACAGCAGCAACUGCAACAGCAGCAACAACAACAACAACAACAACAAACACAGCAGCAGCAGCAGCAUAGCCACGGCCCGGCCAACGGCUUCCAGAGCAAGCAGUACAGGUCACAUGGUGCGAAUCAGGGCCAUGGCAGACGUUACAACAACGUGAACCUCCCAUACAUUCCAUACAACAGGCAGUACUACGUGCCGAUGAUGUACGUGAACGUGAAUGGCAACGGCUCGAAGGAGGGCAAGGAUGUGUCGAAGGCGGAGAAGCCCGAGGGCAAGGACGGGGCUAAAAGUGAGAGUGCAGGGACGAAGAACGAGGAAAAAAGUGAGGGAAGACGCCACCGGCGCAGAAUGAACUACGGCCAGCCUUACAUGAUGCAGCCGAUGUUUGCACCAAUGGGAUAUUCCCCAUACGGCCAGAGAUACGGAUCGAUGAUGCCGGUUGCAGGCCAAUUCGCUUCAGGCGCCAACAACUCCAAGGCCUCGAAGGAAUCGCAGCUUGAGAGCUUGGCAAGACAGAUUGACUACUACUUCUCCACGCAGAACCUCAUCAAGGAUAUAUUUCUGAGAAAAAACAUGAACGAUGACGGUUUCCUACCGUUGAAAGUCGUUGCCGGCUUCUACAGGGUGUCUGUGAUGUCGUUCAACAACGUGAACACGGUCAUCGAGUGCUUGAGCAGAUGUAAGAACCUCGAGUACGGCGUUGUCAAGAAUAGCAGCGGGGAGAAAUCUUACAAGCUCAGACCAAUCAAGAAUCCAAAGCAGUGGAUUUUGGCCGACGACCAGCGUGUUGCCGCUGGAAAGGACAACACCAAUCCUGAGAUAGCCGCCGGCGAGCCCGAGAAUAAUGUGGCUCAAGACAACUAA